AUCUUUAAUCGAAGCAACAGAAACAACUUGCAUUAUGAGGACAGUUUUCUUGUCGAUAGUGUCUUUUACUUUAGUAUGCCUGGCGACUUGCCAACAAAAUACUGCUUGUACAACUGAUGCCGACUGUAACAAAGUUUGCGGUACCAACAUGGUUGGUCAUUGUGAUCAAAACUCAUGUCACUGUCACGCAAUGAACGAAUGCGUUCACGCUACUGAUUGUACGUGCGGUGGUAACCAGAUUGCCACCUGUGAUAACCACCAGUGCCAUUGCCACCACCCACGUCGUGCUGUCAUUGAAUGUCAUCAUGCCACUGAUUGCACGUGCGGUGGUCACCAAAUUGCCACGUGUGACAAUCAUCAAUGUCAAUGCCACCACCCACGUCGUGCUGUCAUUGAAUGUCAUCAUGCCACUGAUUGCACGUGCGGUGGUCACCAAAUUGCCACGUGUGACAAUCAUCAAUGUCAAUGCCACCACCCACGUCGUGCUGUCAUUGAAUGUCAUCAUGCCACUGAUUGCACGUGCGGUGGUCACCAAAUUGCCACGUGUGACAAUCAUCAAUGUCAAUGCCACCACCCACGCCGCGCUGUGAAUGAAUGUGUCCAUGCAAGCGACUGCACGUGUGGUCAUGGACAAAUCGCUACAUGUGACAAUCACCAAUGUGGCUGUCACCAUCCACGUCGUGCUGUUGAAUGUACCCAUGCAAAUGAUUGCACGUGUGAACACCACCAAAUUGCCACAUGUGACAAUCACCAAUGUCAAUGCCACCACCCACGCCGCGCUGUGAAUGAAUGUGUCCAUGCAAGCGACUGCACGUGUGGUCAUGGACAAAUCGCUACAUGUGACAAUCACCAAUGUGGCUGUCACCAUCCACGUCGUGCUGUUGAAUGUACCCAUGCAAAUGAUUGCACGUGUGAACACCAUCAAAUUGCCACAUGUGACAAUCACCAAUGUCAAUGCCACCACCCACGUCGCGCUGUGAAUGAAUGUGUCCAUGCAAGCGACUGCACGUGUGGUAAUGGACAAAUCGCUACAUGUGACAAUCACCAAUGUGGCUGUCACCAUCCACGUCGUGCUGUUGAGUGUACCCAUGCAAAUGAUUGCACGUGUGAACACCACCAAAUUGCCACAUGUGACAAUCACCAAUGUCAAUGCCACCACCCACGCCGCGCAGUCAUUGAAUGUCAUCAUGCAAGCGACUGCACGUGUGGUCAUGGACAAAUUGCUACAUGCGACAAUCAUCAAUGUGGCUGCCACCACCCACGACGCGCUGUGAAUGAAUGUGUCCAUGCAAGCGACUGCACGUGUGGUCAUGGACAAAUCGCUACAUGUGACAAUCAUCAAUGUGGCUGCCAUCAUCCUUAAUUAAAUAUUCUUUGAAAUAAAUCACAUUGUCACGUA